GCCCCACUCGCCUCAGGUAUCUUCUCAAUGCAAACUUCUGAGUAUGAAUCUCUGAGAAGCCUUGUAAUGCUUUUGGAGAAGGGGACAAAAGUCAGAUAGCAAGAACAUCUCACACCUAACAGAGUAACCCACCACUACCCCAAGUGCCUGGCUUCCAGAGGCAGGACCGGUGUCUUACUGCACUUUCCAUGACGUGGGUCCUUUUCGAGACAAAGGAGGUGGGUAAAGCGACAUUUCCUGUCCCUGGGGGAAGGAGGGAGAGGAGAGAUGAGCAGCUGCCGAGUGUGCACCUCCUUUGAGAGCACCCACACCUGCUUCUAUGGAGUUCUGCUUGGCCCAGCCAUGCCCCCAAGGGAAUCAUGAAGCUACUUCAUCAACCUUCAGCACCUUCCAGCCAAUGAACCUGACCCAGGGGAGAUGCCAGGACUUGAAUUGUGGGAGCAGGCCCAGCAUGCAGGCUCUGAAGGAACAGGGGGUUCAGCUCAGCCCCAGAGCGACCCACACGGUGGCCUCUGCCUCAGCCCCAGGAGCUGCCUGGGUCCUAGGGAAUGCCGACAGGGCAGAAGAGGUGCCUGGGAAAGGUGACCUGUCAUUGCAAGCCGAGACCAGAGCAUGGGUCCAGAAGACCCAGGCCCACUGGCUCUUGCUCAAGACUGCCCCUCUUUGGUUCCAUGGCUUCAUCACCAGAAGGGAAGCCGAGAGGCUGCUACAGCCCCAGCCUCUAGGAUGCUAUCUGGUGCGCUUCAGCGAGAGUGCUGUGACCUUCGUGCUGUCCUACAGGAGCCAGACCUGCUGCCGUCACUUCCUCCUCGCUCAGCUAGGGGAUGGGCGCCACGUGGUGCUGGGUGAAGACAGUGCCCAUGCGCAGCUUCAGGACCUGCUUCAACAUUACACAGAGUGCCCCCUCAGCCCCUACGGAGAGAUACUCACCGAACCCCUCGCUCGACAGACAGCUGAGCCUGCUGGACUUUCCCUAAGGGCUGAUUCAGACUCUGGAAGCAAAAGACAGGACCCAGACACCCAGCUCAGCCUGCUCCUCCAACAGGGCCAGGCCCAGGCCUCAGGACACACAGAGAAAGUAUGGGCCUCCCAACACAAGGAGACAUCCCAGGCAUCCAGACCCAGGCCGCCCAUCCCCGCCAAGCCUCAGCUUCCUCCUGAAGUCUAUACAAGUCCUGCUUCACGACCUCAUCAGGCCCCACCCAUUAACCCCAUCUACCAGGAGCCCGAUGAACCCAUAGCCUUCUAUGCCAUGGGGCGGGGCAGCCCUGGGGACGCUCCUAGUAAUAUCUAUGCUGAGGUGGAAGGGCCAUCGGGAACGGCGCCCAUUGGACACCCCAUCCUCCGAAAGUGCUGGUCCAGGCCUAUCUCAAGAGGCCAGGUAAGGGAGGUACAGGGAAAGAUAAGCUCAAGGAGGCAAGCAGAAAAAGGGAGCCCCUCCUGAAUAUCGGGCAAGGUGAAGGUCAGCGGGCUGAAGCGAGAUGGAGUGUUCCACGCUGCUGAAAACCUUUGCCCAGCUCCAGGCCUGAGGCUCUUCCUGGACAUUCACGUGGACUCAGCUUUGUCAAGCCCUACCUGCCCUUACUUCAGGUUUCCUUCAACCACUCUCCAUCCCAGGCUGCCUCUCAUUGGUAAGGCCUUCCUCACACACAUGUGACACUGACCCAGCUCCCUGGAGAGCGUGACUGCCAAUGGGCUCAGAGGAAGAGGCUGCCACACUGUGUGCUCACCCUCACAGUUUCCCCACAGAGUUUCAGUCAUGUCUGAAUGUGGUAUUACUAUUAAAGGAGUCAGACUCUUUCCCUUG